AAACCAUCAAAGCCUAGAACACCACUAGAACGAAAGUAUCUUUGAGAGCAAUCUCCGCAAAACAGUUCCACCAGCAGUUUCGAAAAUGCAGAUCUACCUGAGGACACUGAACGGCCGCACUAUCGUUUUGAGUGGGCUCGCUGAGGACGAAACGGUGGACAGUUUGAAGAAGAAGGUCGAAGCCCGGGAGGACGUGCCACCGAAUCAACAACGGAUAAUUUUCUCCGGCAAACAAUUGGAAGAUGGCCAUACCCUGGACGAGUACAACAUCAUCAACCGGUCCACGCUGCAUCUGGUGUUGCGUUUGAGAGGAGGCGUUGCUUGAGCGUGCUACGACUGGGGAUUUGAUAUAGACUGCCAUUGUGAAUUUGCGGAUAAUAACUAAUUGACUGCCUGAGAAAAGGAAUACUGCUUAUACCUAUGAUUGCUAUGCUUAUCGACAUUGGUGAAGUUUCUCUAUACAUAGAAUACAUUACUGAUGUUGAACGGUUGA